GAUCUCAUCAUGACAUAAAUCCUCGAUCAUAUAUGAAAGCAAAAUGAAGCUUCCAGAAACACGAAUAGCAUCGUUGGCAUUAUUGAUCGUUCAAGUGACGUUUCUUUGGAGAUGUGUCAGCGGCUAUAUGGAUCUGAAAGGCACUAUAAGAUCAACACCCAUAAAUCGGCACAUUUUGUUCAUCAUUUGCUUAAAGUAGAUUCAAGCAACGGGCAAAUUCGGCUUAAAAAGAGAUUAACAUGCGAUGGAAUUUAUUACCCUAGUUUAUUCACAUUUUACGUGGACUCAACCUCUAAUCGUCUUCGAAGCAUAGACUAUUACAGUUUGCCGCUAAGGAUAUUUGUAACUGGGCCGAACUGCACGGAUGACUCAGUAGCCGAAAGCUUCAGGCGUUUUUUCGAAGAAGAUGACACUGGGUAUAAUAGGCGACGCCGACGAGCAAACGAUGAACUUGACGAACGAUUAUACGGACAAUAUAUUGGAAGCAGUCUGCACAAUUAUUACCGUGAAUUCCCGUGGCUUAUGCCGAUUACGAAUUACACUGCCUUUCAAGCUGGAGACAUCUUAUUUGAUAGCUUGGAGAAAAAUGCAUACCGCCACAACAUGAUUACACGCAAAAGACGUGGGUUAAUCGAGUCUCCAGAUUUGCGAAUACAUCGAAAAAUAAAUGAUGCCCGGCAGUGGAUUUCCGAAACAUAUGCGUCUUAUGCUAUUCAUACAACCGAUAAAUGGAAUCAAAUUUGUUUAAGAAAAUCACAAUUUAUCAACUCGAUUAAUUCGUUUUUACCAAAGACUAUUCAACAAUAUUGCUCAGUGAAAUAUUUAGAUGUUAAUGAUGGUCGCUUUAAAAUUGAACUGCAAUCAGGAGAUCUGGUGGCUAGUGAUAAUCUAUGCAUACUAGAGUCCUUAUGGAAGGUGGCAAUUACAUUUCAUGUGAAAUGCAAUCGCAAAGAAUUAGUAGAUGCUGAUCAUCGACUGAAAGUUGUCUACCACCAUCAUGAAUUGAAUGAUACGGACAUCGCUAAACGUGUUAAACGCGAAUUACGCAACCAGAGCCCUUACUUUGAACAAGCUUUAUAUGUGGCUUCAGUACAAGAAGAACAACCACCAGGAGUACCUGUAACAACCGUCCGAGCUCGCGAUCCUGAAGAUUCACCGGUUGUUUAUUCCAUGGUCUCAUUGUUAGAUUCGCGUUCCCAAUCCAUGUUCAAAGUAGACUCUCGAACAGGAGUUGUAACAACGGCUUCAAGUCUGGAUCGAGAAUUGAUGGAUGUUCAUUAUUUUCGAGUUAUUGCAACGGAUGAUAGUUUUCCUCCUCGAUCGGGAACUACGACGUUGCAAGUGAACGUUUUGGACUGCAAUGAUCACACGCCUUCGUUCGAGUCCGAGGAAUUCCUAGCGAGUAUUCGAGAAGGUGCGAGUGUUGGCUCAACUGUUAUAACCAUCAGAGCUACCGACCAGGAUAUCGGUAAGAACGCAGAUAUCGAAUAUGCAAUAGUAAGUGCCAAUGGUGAUGGCUCCACGUCAGCUGAAACCGAUGGACAAACUUUCCGAAUUGAUGCUCGAAGUGGAACUAUAUCAACACGUAGUGCGUUAGAUCGCGAAACAACAGAAUUGUACAAACUCAUCGUAUCAGCUUCAGACAUGGCUACACUGCAAACUGAACGACGAUCGGCGACAGCAACGGUUAUAGUGAAAAUUCUCGAUGACAAUGAUAACUAUCCACAGUUCAGUGAAAGGACAUAUACAGUGCAAGUUAGUGAAGAUCAAUGGACUAAUGAAAACAAUGUUAUCACACAUAUUCAAGCCACUGAUGCCGAUCAAGGAAACAACGCUGCUAUAAGAUAUGCAAUUAUCGGUGGAAAUACACAAUCACAAUUUUCAAUUGACUCAAUGAGUGGUGACGUGUCGCUUGUGAAACCCCUUGACUAUGAAAGUGUUAGAAGUUACCGAUUGGUCAUUCGCGCACAGGAUGGAGGUAGCCCAUCGCGUAGCAAUACAACUCAACUUCUGGUCAACGUGUUGGACGCCAAUGACAAUGCCCCUCGUUUCUACACAUCUCAAUUUCAAGAAGCAGUAUUGGAGAGUGUCCCCGUUGGGUAUAACAUAGUUCGAGUACAGGCGUAUGAUUCUGACGAAGGAGCCAAUUCCGAGAUUUCUUAUAGCAUACAAGACAGAGAUGAUAAUCUACCACUCACUGUAGACAGUCGCACCGGCUGGAUUCAUACUACAAAACCUUUGGAUCGCGAAGAAAGAAGUAGAUAUAGUUUCCAAGUAAUCGCUAUGGACGGUGGUAUACCACCAAAAUCAGCUAGCACUUCGGUCGUCGUUACUAUACAAGACGUAAACGAUAAUGACCCCACAUUCAGUCCAAAGUACUACGAAGCAACAAUUGCUGAAGAUCAACCUCCUGGAACACCGGUGACAACAGUCACUGCUACAGAUCCCGACGAAGAUUCUCGACUUCACUAUGAAAUUACUGCCGGUAAUACUAGGGGGCGUUUUUCAAUAACAUCUCAGAAUGGACGUGGGCUGAUAACUGUUGCUCAGCCGUUGGAUUACAAGCAAGAGAGAAGAUUUGCGCUAACGAUCACUGCCACCGAUAGCGGUCAAAGAACGGAUACAGCAAUUGUCAACAUUAAUAUCACCGAUGCUAACAAUUUUGCACCGGUUUUUGAGAAUGCACCAUAUACGGCUUCCGUUUUUGAAGAUGCACCAAUUGGCACUACCGUACUGGUGGUUUUCGCAACAGAUAGUGAUGUAGGCGUAAACGCACAAAUAACAUAUUUUUUGAAUGAAGAAUCCAUUAACGGAUUAGUAUCAAAUGAACCAUUCAGUAUCAAUCCGCAGACCGGUGCAAUUGUUACAAAUGCUCCUUUGGAUCGUGAAACAAUGAGCGGAUAUUUGUUAACAGUCACAGCAAAAGACGGUGGAAAUCCUUCGUUAAGUGAUACAACUGAUGUAGAAAUAAGCAUAACCGAUGUGAACGACAAUUUACCGCAGUUCAAAGUGCCAUUAUACCAAGCGACAAUACCAGAAGAUGCUCUUAUUGGUACAUCAGUAGUACAAAUUUCUGCAACUGAUGUUGACAUGGGACUGAAUGGUAGAAUAAAAUAUACGCUUAGUUUGAAGGACAUCGAAGAUGGAUCUUUUGUGGUGGACCCUACGUCAGGAGUUAUCCGCACUAAUAAAGGAUUAGAUAGAGAAAGUAUUGCGGUUUACCACCUUGUGGCAGUUGCAUCGGAUAAAGGAACGCCUACGCUUAGCAGUACAGUUGAAGUUCAGAUUCGAUUGGACGACGUUAAUGAUUCACCGCCAACAUUCCCUUCAGAUAAAAUUGUUUUGUAUGUUCCCGAAAACAGUCCUGUAGGAUCAGUUGUUGGAGAAAUUCACGCGCAUGAUCCGGACGAAGGGGUAAAUGCUAUAGUGCACUAUUCGAUCAUCGGUGGGGAUGACUCCAAUUCGUUUUCCUUAGUCACGAGACCAGGAUCUGAACGUGCUCAACUUCUGACUAUGACGGAAUUGGAUUAUGAAUCCAGUAAGAAACGCUUCGAGCUUGUUAUUCGAGCAGCAAGCCCACCAUUGAGAAACGAUGUUCAUGUGGAGAUUCUGGUGACGGAUGUAAACGACAAUGCUCCGAUACUACGUGAUUUUCAAGUUAUAUUCAACAACUUCAAAGACUGUUUCCCGAGCGGUGUUUUCGGAAGGAUACCGGCAUUUGAUGCAGAUGUGACAGAUAGGUUGACAUACCGUAUUUUAUCCGGAAACAAUGCAAACUUGGUAAAAUUGAACAGCUCUUCCGGAGGGUUGACAUUAAGUCCACAACUAAACACAAAUGUACCUAAAUUUGCGACUAUGGAGGUUUCAGUAACAGAUGGUAUAAAUGAAGCCAAAGCAAUCAUGCAAUUAAUUGUUCGUCUAGUAACAGAGGAUAUGUUGUUCAAUUCUGUAACCAUCCGAUUAGACGAGAUGACUGAAGAGGCAUUCCUAUCACCUUUGUUAAACUUUUUCCUGGAUGGACUAGCAGCAAUUAUUCCGUGCCCCAAAGAAAAUAUUUACCUAUUUUCCGUUCAGGAUGAUACCGAUGUCAACUCGAGAAUUUUGAAUGUUAGCUUUUCUGCCCGCCGUCCAGAUGUUGCCUUCGAAGAAUACUAUAGUCCACAAUACCUCCAGGAACGAGUAUAUCUUAAUCGCGCUAUAUUGGCAAGAUUGGCGACAGUACAAGUAUUACCAUUCGAUGAUAAUCUUUGUGUAAGGGAACCAUGCUUGAAUUACGAACAAUGCCUAUCGGUACUCAAAUUUGGAAAUGCUUCAGGAUUUAUUCAUAGCGACACUGUAUUGUUCCGUCCCAUCUACCCAGUCAAUACGUUUGCCUGCAAGUGCCCAGAGGGUUUUACCGGUAGCAAGGAGCACUACCUUUGUGAUACCGAAGUAGAUCUAUGUUAUUCGGAACCCUGUCAAAAUGGAGGAAGCUGUGUCCGGAGAGAAGGUGGCUACACUUGCAUUUGUACGGAAUCAUUUACAGGAGUAAACUGCGAGACGGAGAUCAGAAGUCUAAAAUCAUGUGCAGCAGAUCAAUGUGGGGAAGGAUUCAGCUGCCUUUCUCAUACGCUUAAUACCCCUCAUAGUCCGUCGUAUACUAAAACAUGCGAACUAAUAUCGCGAUCGUUCUCUAGGAGUUCGUUCCUUACAUUCACAAGUCUGAAACAACGGCACAGAUUCAACAUUAAGAUAAGCUUCGCUACAGUACGUGAAAACGGACUUCUUCUAUAUAACGGAAGAUAUAACGAGCAACACGAUUUCAUUGCGUUAGAGAUAAUUAACGGAAAAGUAACAUUUUCUUUCUCACUUGGGGACAAAAUUGAAUCGGUUGUUGUCGAUCAAGAUAAACGAGUGUCUGAUGGAAAUUGGCAUAUGGUGGAAGUGAAUUAUUUCAACCGUUCCGUCACCUUAUCUAUAGAUAACUGUGACAUUGCAUUGGCGCUAGCAAGUCUAGGACAGCGUUGGAAUUGUGCUAAUCAGACUACAAUGAUGUUGGAUCGACGAUGUGCAUCACUAACUGAAUCAUGUCACCGAUUUUUGGAUCUUACUGGACCUCUACAGGUCGGUGGACUACCGAGAAUUCCAGCACAUUUUCAAAUACAAUCUCAUGAUUUUAUCGGAUGCAUUGCGGAUCUUUACAUCGACCAUCGGUAUGUAGAUUUGAAUUCAUUUAUCGCCGACAAUGGAACAAUCGCAGGGUGUCCACAAAAAUCAUCUUCAUGCGCAUCUGAGCCAUGUUUCAAUGGUGGAACUUGCCGCGAAGGAUGGGGCGAAGGAUAAUGUGAUUGUCCGGAUGGAUAUACGGGAAACGCAUGUCAAGAAUCGGUUACAUUACCUUGGCGUUUCAACGGAGAUGGAAUUCUAAGCUUCAAUCCAUUACUUCGCCCGAUACAAUUACCGUGGCUUACUGCCCUUUCAAUCAGAACUCCAAAAGAUGCUUUCCUGAUGCAAACACAAGUAGGUCAAAAUAGUUCGGUGAUUGUUUCUUUGCGGAAUGGUGUGCUGUAUUACACGUAUAAUUCUGAACCAAUGUUUCUUGCCGGAACUAAUCUAGCAGACGGAAAAUGGCAUAGGAUAGAAAUCAAGUGGUUGGGAACAGAAGUAUCGCUGUCUGUGGACUAUGGCCAACGAGCCGGUUUGCUGCCAAUGACUCAAAAAAUACAAGGCAUGUACGUCGGCAGAAUAGUGAUCGGAGGUUCAGAGAGCAGCAUUUCUGGAUAUGGUGACUACGGUUUCUACGAAGGUUGCAUACAAGAUGUUCGUGUAGGAGGAACUCAGUCGGUUCUUAAUCGUCCAACCAUCCGAGAAAAUGUGAUUGAUGGAUGUACGUCAAAUGCCAAAUGUCCAGAUAGCUGCCCGGAACAUUCAAACUGUGUCAUUAGUUGGGACGAGGCACAUUGUGAGUGCAUCCACGGCUAUGUUGGAGAAAACUGUUUACCUAUAUGUACGGCCAAACCCUGCUCCGACAAUGGGCAGUGCCGUGCUGAUAACAACUAAAAGGGUUAUCGUUGUCAAUGCAAUAGCACUGCUAAUUCUGGUGACUAUUGUGAAAUCACAACUCAACAACCAUGCCCUGCCGGAUGGUGGGGAGAACGAGGAUGUGGACCUUGCAAGUGUAAUUUGAAGCAAGGUUAUCAUCCCGAUUGUAACAAAUUAACUGGCCAAUGCUACUGUCGUGAGAACCAUUAUCAAAUGGAAAACGACACAUCUUGUCUUCCUUGCGAAUGUUAUGCCGUAGGGUCAUAUGGAAAAUCUUGUACAAACUCUGGUCAAUGUGAGUGCCGAGAAGGAGUGAUAGGAAGGCGUUGUGAUUCGUGCUCUAAUCCAUAUGCAGAAGUAACUCUGAACGGAUGUGAGGUAGUGUAUGAUGCUUGUCCCAAAUCAUUUUCCGCUGGAGUAUGGUGGCCAAGAACAACUUUUGGUGAAAUGGCUGUGGAAAAUUGUCCGUUACCCGCUAGAGGUAAAGGAGUUAGAAAAUGCGAUAUAGAGCAGGGAGGAUGGGGCCAACCAGACAUGUUUAAUUGCACAUCCGAAAAAUUCUUGGAUCUUCGAAAGCAGCUAUCUCAGAUUGAAACUGAAGGACUUGAAUUAAAUACAUUUAUAUCAGUUAAAAUUGCUGCUAGUUUACAGAGUGCUACUACUAGUUUCAGACAUGUAAAAGAAGAUAGCCAAAAUUCAUUCCGGACAUUUGCAUUCGAAUCAUCAUUUUCGUCGAAAAACUCUCUGUGGCAGCAGAAUGAUUUCGAAUUCGAUUAUUUGUAUGAUAUGCAGAAUACGAUGCAGACGAAAUUGUAUGGUGCUGACAUUCUGAUAACUGAAAGGCUGUUGCAAGAAUUGAUCAAUUACGAAUCCAGACAAAACGGUUUGAAUCUGUCCCACAGUCAAGAUAAACAUUAUAUUAAGAAUCUUGUAGAAAGUGCCGGAGUCAUUUUGGACGCUCAAUACAUGAAUGAAUGGAAAAGAGUGAUUGAUUUUACCCAAAGAGGCCCCAAUGAUUUGGUUGAAGCGUUGAACAAAUAUAUGCUCAUACUGGGUCGCUCACAGCAUGAUACUUACACGAAUCCGUUUGAAAUAGUGCACGACAAUAUGGCUUAUGGGCUAGAUAUUGUUACUGCGGAAUCAUUAUUCGGAUUUGAGCCACAAUUGCUGACUGGAUACCAUAGGAAUAGUAAAUCCAAUAUGUAUACUACCGAAAGUGUUAUAUUGCCAGAUACCAGUUUGUUUCUGCAACACACAUCUAAGCAGAAAUAUCCUCUGAUAUCGUUCCCAAAAUACAACAAUUACAUCCAAGAUAAGACAAAAUUCGAUCGAUAUAGCAAAAUACUGAUUCCGCUGGAUAUGUUAGGAAUUACACAGCCCGACAAAAAUGAAGUCAUCAAUUCAAUAAGUGAUUAUAGAGCAAUCGUUGGAUAUGCACAGUACAAGGAUGCAGGAGCACUUUUCCCAUUAAAUUUCGAUGAAACUAUCACCCGCAGAUGGGGUGUGGAUGUACAAAUAGCAAGCCCUGUCCUAACGCUCAACAUACUGGUACCUAAUAUAGAUAGAAAAGGUUUCGAGAAUCCUACAAACGAGCUUCCAGGUUCUUCGGACAAAUCGUCCACGAAAGAUUCCGAAGUGUUUGCAACCCCCAUCCAUGAACAUUCCAAUGAAAAGUUAUCUAAUGAAAUAAAAAUUUCGAUUCAUGAUAUGAGUGAUCAUGAUAAUUUGGAAACCUUGGACGAGCACCCAGAAAUUAUAAUGAGCAUUGAUGAAAAUCCAUUCGAAACCUCUAAUCCUCCGGAUACAGUAGUUUUAUCUUCCGGUACCGCUAAUAACGAAGCAACAUACGGAAUUGACGAAACGGUAUACACUAAAAUAAGGAAGCGUAGUGUUUCCAAAUUACAGUCCGAUACUUCGAUUCUUGAUAAACCGAUUGAAUACAGACCAUUGGGCAGUCCUCAUCUACCUCAACCGAUAAAAUUACAAAUGUGGUUGCAUAUACCAAGAAAUUGGUUUGGGCCUCGAUCGAAUCCUCAGUGUGUGCGCUGGAACGCUCACGUAAACCUAUGGACCCGGCUAGGCUGUCAAACCGACAUCCCCGAUUAUGAAUCAUUAGCUACAAAUGAAAGCGUCUUCAUCAAUUGCACCUGCAGUCAAAUAUCCAGCUAUGCCGUAUUAGUGGACGUAAUUGAUCCAGAAAUCAUUCCUGAACCAUCACUGUUGGUACAAAUUACAUCGUUUUCGGCGUUCCUGAUCUCACUACCGGUGCUGUUCUCCGUCAUUAUUUCCCUAGCGCUUUUGCGUGGCCUGCAAACAAACUCGAAUACCAUCCAUCAGAAUUUGCUGUUUUGUAUUUUUAUCGCCGAGAUGCUAUUUUUCGUCGGAAUCCAAGCACGGAAAGAAUUGGUCGACAACGAGUUCUCAUGCAAGUUGGUUGCGAUAGUGCUACAUUACGCUUGGCUAGCGUCAUUCGCGUGGACUACAGUAGACUGUGUGCAUUUGUAUCGUAUGUUGACAGAAAUGCGCGAUAUUAACCAUGGUCCCAUGGGUUUCUAUUACUCGCUUGGAUAUGGCGCACCGGCACUUCUGGUAGGACUUUCUGUAGUGCGCGUCCAUGAAUAUGGAAAUAAUAUGUUUUGCUGGUUAUCGGUAUACGAGUCUGUAAUAUGGUGGUUAGUAGGACCAAUCGUUAUUAUGUCGGUUUUGAAUCUUCUGAUACUGUUCCUGUCAGUGAAGGCUGCUUUCACGAUAAAGGACCAUGUUCUAGGAUUUGGAAAUCUUCGAACGCUGCUGUGGCUUUCUGUAGUGUCAUUACCUUUAAUGGGUAUUAUGUGGGUUCUUGCAGUGUUAGCUGCAUCCGAAAGUUCGCAAACGUUAAAAGUUUUGCUUUCAGUAGUUGUAAUCAUACAUGCGUUUUUUUCCAUAAUUGGGUACUGCAUAAUAAAUAAGCGUGUGCGAGAAAAUCUCCACAGAACAUUGUUGAGAUGCCUAGGAAGAAAAGUUCCUCUGCUUGAUUCAUCUUUAGCAGUCAGCAGUAGCUCUCAAAACAUUGGACAAACCAAAACUCCUGGAUUUGCAAGCCAAUACGAGACUGCACGAAGGAAUAUAGGAAUUAGCACUUCCAGCACGACAUCCAGAAGUACAGCCAAAACUAGUUCCAGCCCAUAUAGGAGUGAUGGACAAUUUCAACACACAUCGACGUCCACAUCGAAUUAUAAUUCUAACAGCGACGGGGUGCCUUCUUACAUGCGUGGUUACGAUGGAAAGGGAAUGCGAAAAAUCAAAGAAUCCAACGACGGUUCCCCGCACGCCAGGAAAGGACGACGUCAUAGACGAGAUUCAGAUUCUGGAAGCGAAACAGAUGGCAGAAGUUUGGAACUAGCAUCCAGUCAUUCGAGUGAUGAUGAAGAAUCCCGUGUAGGUCGUAAUAGUAGCACACAUCGCAGUUCUGGUGUCUGCUCCACUGGAUAUCUCCCAAAUAUUACCGAACAUGUAGUCACUACGCCACCAGAACUGCAUGUUGUGCAGAGCCCUCAGCUUUUUCCUAAUGUCAAUGCAACACGAUGGUCGAGUCAAGUUCCAGAAUCGUACUUGAUUGCAACUAACGCUGGUCGUUGGUCGCAAGAUACUGGAUCCGAUAAUGAGGCACAUCCUCAUAACUCUGGAAUACAAAACAUUCUACCGAAUCCUGAUUUAACGGAUACAUCAUAUUUACAUCAAACUCGAAUGAACAUGCCACCUUCAAUACUAGAAAAUAUCCAAGAAGGUUAUAAUUUCUCUAACCAAGAUUUAAGACAAAAGUACAAUGAUCAAGAAAACGACACGUAUGCAGAUAGUUACAGAGAUUACGAAGGAAAUCAUCAGCAUGACACAAUGCCUUAUGUUACCGGUGGGGACUUAAAUCACUUAUCCGGUUCAACACAAGUUAUCAACCAUAUGCGUUCGUACAACCAUGAAAGCCCUUAUGCUCUCAAAGAAUCUCUAUACGAUAGAUCUAGAACUCUUGGUUACAAGGCUGAAUCUCAGUAUAUGUCGAAAGAGCGAAUAUCUUCAGAUUUGUACAGUCCUAGAUCAGAUGCACAUGGGUCCUUCAAAUCCAGUGUUCAAUCUUUAUUGAAGAACGACUAUCAACGUCACAAACAAGGUGCUGAUUCGGACCGUAUGUCGGAAGGUUCCGAAAACCCAUACAACUUUCCUUACACCGCAGAAGAAGAUCAUUCAAGCCACACAACUACGAGAUCGAACGAUGGAACCAAUCAUGCAAUGCACCGGUUCAACAACUCUUCUACAAUUCAACCAAUGGCGCCUUUGACUAAUAUAAACGAUAAUAACGACGGACCGAACGAUGAUGACGAAACAACUGUGUAAGAGUUCAAUUAAUCUUAUCAGUUUUUCUCAAAUGAACCGUCACUUAAUACAUAAAAUUUCUCAGGAUGGUCAAGGUGGCGUGCUAGUAAAAAAUGAAACGAAUUCUGAAUAUUGUAAUGAGCGUAUGACUCAAUGUAUGUGUUUUUACAUAUAUUAAUUGAAUAAAUUGUAAUCGCGGCUCGAUGUAGAAGGAAUUAACUACAAAGGAGUACCUACUUCGUUUAGACAAAAGAGUGAAUAACAUACUAUUACAAUUCCCCGCAGCAAGAGAUGUGUCGUCAAAUUAUCCAAAUAACAUGUUACAGGCCCUAGGUGUGAACAUAGUGUAGUACAUUAUCGUUCUACACAUCUAUCGAAACAAGAUUUCGCUAAUUUUAUCUUUCCGUCCAUUUUUAUUAGUGCUGCUGCCCACGUAGCGUUUUUUUUCAAGCUACGUGCACGCCGCGACCACGCAAGGUACUCAACAUGCGAUGUUUGUUCCUAAAUUAUUCGAAAUACAUGCGAAAGUGCAAUGGUUGUUACGUCAAACAAACAUGGGACAAAUAUGCGUAUGACGGCAGUAUACGUGUGCAUUACUCCAUUUGAUACUGGGUACCUUGCGUAGAAGCGGCGUGCACGGAGCCUAAAAAACCGCUACGUGGACAUCGGCCCUUAAUGAGAUGAGUGCGUUACUUCUGCGUGAAAGUUAAACGCGUUUUACAAUGAUAUGGAAAUGCUAAUAUCAUCUACCAAACUUAGACGUACAUCAUUUGUGACGAUAUACUCGCUCGAACUUCCUUCUACCAAGCUUCCUUAUAAAGCUUCCUCUUCAUUGGGAAGCUUGACGGAAAAAAGGUGUGCGAUUUAUAUCAAAGUCAUUAAAAACGAAACUAUCAAAUCUUUAUUUCGCCUCUAAUUUUUUUUCUACCGUUUCGCCACUAUUUCUAUUAUGAAAUUUUUUGUCUAAGUUUGGAAGAUGGAGCAUUUCCAGGCCAUUCUUGCAAGCAAAAUAUGUUUCGAUAGUGCAACAGGGAUUUUUCAUCUAUAAUUCAUUACUUCUAUUAAAGGGUUAACCCAGACCAAAGCUUCUUUAUGAGAAGUAGAAUAUCGAGGGUCGAGUGCACGAAAAUGAAAUAUUUCAUAACUUAACUAAAUAGAUAUUAUUUAAGCUACGUCAUGAGACCAUAUUCUCAGUACAUAAAUACUGAUCGAAGCAUUUCCUCGUUUAGUAAGAUGAACGGUACAAAUAACUGUAGGUAUGCACUAAAAGAUUCUUUGCAUCGAUCUUGACUUAUUUGAAAGAAAAAUGUUGGAUGCAAUUUAUAGUGUUGCUCCAUGAAUAUAUGAUGCCACGAUGUUUUAAGUUUUAAAUGUAUUUUCAUUUUCUAUAUAUACGCAACUUUGGUCCACGCUCUAUUUAUCUAAUAUUGACCAAGCUAGCUUUUAAAAAGAUGAUAUUGAAACUAAUGCUUUUUUGCCUUUUGUUUAAAUAUUAAACAUGUACAUCUCACAGUAUUUAUCUGGAGUGCUGCCGUUUAAAACGUUUAAAACAGAUCGAGUAGAGAAUAAAAUGUAUCAAUUGAUACCAUCGAGCUUUUGGUCAUAUUUUAUAUUGAUGGUGUAUUUUUCAUUCAUGUACUACGCAUUACAUAUUAGCGAAAUUAUAUUAAUGUCCCGUCAAACAAAAGUCUGAUGUAAAUAGGUAAAUUAUGUUGUGGUAUGCUUUAAUCUAACAAUCUUAUUUCUAAAUGCACUACCUUCGUGUCGAUAAAUUAUUUUCAAUUUCAAUAGAAAACUUAAUCCUUAGUACAAUGAAUCUUUCUUUCUUGGCAUCUGGAAAUGGUAAGCAUUGUGCGUUAUUAAAGCAAAUCACAAUAUUAACAAUCAAUUCUAAACACAAAACAUUCUUCAACUUUUGUUUAUUAUUUUAACAAAUCUCACUUCAUUGCAACAUUAUAUGAUUGAGUGCAUCUCAUGAUGUUAUACAUGUGCAUCUAGGAAUUAAUAUUCAAGUUAACAGAGCAUCUGAAUACGAUAUGCCUUAAAUAUAUUAAAGAAAAUGUCUGUGCUUGGUCCUGCGUUCUAAGUUUAGAUCUAUUUUCGCUAUUAUCUACGCCUGAAUAAAAAAUCAAAGUCAGCAAGCAUAUAUAUAUAUAUAUAUAUAUAUAUAUAUAUAUAUAUAUAUAUAUAUAUAUAUAUAUAUAUAUAUAUAUAUAUAUAUAUAUAUAUAUAGUGAUCACUUGCUAAUUGAGUUGAGGCAUGACCGCACCCCAAUUAACGAAUGCCGUUCGCUAUUUGAGGCGUUCUGACAAACGUCAUUGCUGCCCAACACAACGUCGAAGUUUGUUGACAUUGAAUCUUGAGGUUUGGCAAUCUUUUAAUUGUGUUUAAUUAGCGAACCCUCACUAAAAAGCGCCUCAAAUAAAGAAAACCCAAUUAGCAAACAUCCAUGCGAAACCUAUAUAUGAUCUAUCAUCUAUCCGAUUUUCGGAGAAUUGUUCUCUUCUGAAAAUAAUAAGAUCCGUAUUUUUUUUAGUUCCCCCAUUAGAAGGGUAACCAGUUACAAGAUGGUUAGGAUGGCCGACAUUUCGACAUUUUCGAAAAAAAAACUAUU